AUGCAGACAAUAAGUUCGAACAAGUUCAGAACUGGCAUGGACUUCUUCCACCGCGCCAAGGCGGUUCGCCUCCGCAGCCACCACGACAAGUACCUGCUGGCGGAGGACGACGAGGAGUCGGUGACGCAGGAUCGCAACGGGUCCUCGAAGAGCGCGCGCUGGGUGGUAGAAUACGUCCCCGAAUACGACAACAUAAUUCGCCUGAAGAGUUGUUACGGCAAGUACCUCACCGCCUCCAACCACCUCUUCCUGCUGGGCAUGACGGGCCACAAGGUCCUACAGACCCGUCCGCAGAGGCUCGACUCCUCCGUCGAGUGGGAGCCCGUCAAGGAUGGAGGCCGUGUCAAGCUCAAAACCCGUUACGGCAACUUCCUCCGAGCCAAUGGGGGCUUGCCGCCAUGGAGAAACUCCGUCACGCACGAUAUUCCGCACAGGACCGCCACGCAGGACUGGAUCCUCUGGGACGUGGAUGUCGUCGAGAUUUAUGUCAACUCUCCAGCAAAUAGCAGUAAACCCUCUGCUCCACCGUUGCCUGUUUCCAACACUGUUCCCGUCCUUGCCGGCGCACCGCUGCCCCCGCCGCCAUCCAUGUCUGCCAGCUUUUCGAGGGAACAGUCCAAUGAUUCGAAUGGUUCGUCGCCGAAGAUGGAAGGGCGGAUUAUAUACUACCAUAUUGCUGAAGAUAAUGGAGAGGUGCUGGAUGAAAAUGUGCAGGGGUAUUCUUUGAUUUUCAAAGGGAAUGGCGUUGAAGAAUUGACUCGAAAGUUUGAGGAAGAGACAGGGCUAGAGGGAAUCAUUGUAUGUAAUAGGAGUCCUUUGAAUGGAAAGCUUUAUCCUCUUCGCUUGCAGCUUCCUCCAAACACGGUGACCAUGCGGGUUGUUUUGGUUCUUCCCAUGUCAAAUGUGGGAAGAGACUUUGAGGCACAAGGCUUACUGUGA